AUUAUUAGUCCUAUUAUAAUGUGUUUGUGACAGUCACAUAUUGACGUUUUGGCUGUUUUGUAGUAAAACGUAAUAUUCCCUUGUGGUAUGUAUCCAUGCAGCCUCUACUCCCUAAACUACUUGAAUAGAGAGGGGGAAAUGGAGUCGAGUCGUCUUUUCCGUUCCCUUUCAUCCUCCGGAAAUUUGACUGGAUCCAAAGAUUGCCAUGGAAAUCAACAAAGACAUCGCCAUGCCCUCAACGUGUGUCCUAUGAAAUCAAACAAAUAUCCCGGAUCAACAACAAAGAGUGUGUGGUAUACUGCCUCCCCAGUCUCUUUGCUGAGCAACAACAUUCAGCGACACAUUGACUUCUUGGUAUGCAACCGAAUAGCCAUGCUCUACAUCAGCAUUUGCCACCCCCUUCCCUAACAAAAAGUGUGUUUUAGUAUGGAAAGUUGUUGCUAUGCAUUAGUUAUAGAGGAACACGCAUGCAUUUGACUUUUAGCAGUGUAUAGUGUGACUGAAUAGCCGACGACUGUCUACAUUUUCACACCGUCUAUUGUUGCUUUUAUUUCUUUCAACUUUCUUUCUUGUGUUAUUCAGCCGUUUAACCAAAACCACAGUCAGCAAUCUCACAAUACCUGGGAUUGAUGAUGCACGCGGACCAAUAGGAGAGGGGCCUCGGCACGCGGAUUGUUAUUUGAUGGGUGCAUGUUAGUAGGGGGAUAGGGCCUCCUCCAAUGAUCGUCUGAGUACCGGGUCACAUGUUUGGUCCCCCCUUCCUCUCCAUUCAUCAGGGGUGGACUGUGUUGUCUUUUCAAUUCAUUUAUCUGCAGGAAUGAUUGCGACUAUCAGUCUGAAGCUCACCGCCUGACUGGGGAGGUGAAAGUUUCGCCACAGGAAGAUAAACCGCAAAAUACAAUAUUGUACAUGAUUUGCGUGUGCAUCGGAUGAGAAUUAGUGUGGGGGAAAAUUCCACUCUUGUUUUAGGUAAAUAGAAAACCGGUGGAUUGGAGUUUGUACUCCUCUGUAAGGUCUGAGAGAUACUUUUGCAGAAAGAGAGAAAGCGAGAGAGGUAUAGGAGUGAGAGAAUAACUGUUCGUGAUUUUUUAUUUCUGCUCUCAGUCGCCUCAUUGAGUUGUAGACUGCCGGAAGAUGCUUCUGGAUGCAGGACCCCAGUACCCCACCAUAGGAGUCACUACGUUCGGCUCCUCAAGGCAUCACUCAACAGGCGAAGUCACAGAAAGAGAAGUGGCUUUGGGGAUAAAUCCGUUCGCAGACGGGAUGGGAGCUUUUAAAAUCAACCACAGCUCCCACGACCUGGGCUCCGGCCAGACGGCGUUCUCCUCUCAGGCUCCCGGCUACGCUGCUGCCGCCCUGGGUCACCACCACCACCCGACACACGUCAGCUCCUACUCCACCGCAGCCUUCAACUCCACCCGGGACUUUCUCUUCAGAAACCGGGGCUUCGGGGAUGCCACCAGCGCGCAGCACAGCCUGUUUGCCUCGGCAGCGGGAAGUUUUGCAGGGCCACAUGGACACUCCGAUGCCGCGGGGCACCUGCUCUUCCCGGGACUCCACGAGCAAGCCGCAAGUCAUGCAUCAUCAAAUGUCGUCAACAGCCAGAUGCGGCUUGGCUUUACCGGGGACAUGUACGGCCGGGCUGACCAGUACGGCCAUGUUACGAGCCCCCGCUCCGACCACUACGCCUCCUCCCAGCUGCACGGCUAUGGCCCCAUGAACAUGAACAUGGCGGCUCACCACGGGGCAGGGGCCUUCUUCCGAUACAUGAGGCAGCCCAUCAAACAAGAGCUCAUCUGUAAGUGGGUCGAGCCCGAACAGUUGUCGAACCCCAAAAAGGCUUGCAACAAAACGUUCAGCACGAUGCACGAGCUCGUGACCCACCUGACAGUGGAGCAUGUCGGUGGACCGGAGCAGUCUAACCAUAUCUGCUUCUGGGAAGAGUGCGUCCGAGAAGGAAAACCGUUCAAAGCCAAAUACAAACUGGUAAAUCAUAUCAGAGUGCACACCGGAGAGAAACCAUUCCCAUGUCCCUUCCCCGGCUGUGGAAAAGUGUUUGCCCGAUCGGAAAACCUGAAAAUCCACAAAAGGACACACACUGGUGAAAAACCUUUCAAGUGUGAGUUUGAGGGCUGCGACAGACGGUUUGCCAACAGCAGCGACCGGAAGAAACACAUGCACGUCCAUACAUCUGACAAGCCUUAUCUCUGCAAGCAAUGCGACAAGUCCUACACACAUCCAAGCUCUCUGCGGAAACACAUGAAGGUUCACGAGGCUACCACGCAAGGACCCCAACCGUCACCAGCGGCCAGUUCCGGCUACGAAUCGUCCACGCCGCCCACCAUCGUGUCCCCGUCCACAGAGAACCAUAAUUCCAGUUCCAUAUCACCGGCAACCUCGACAGUACACCACACGACCAGUCACCACACCACGCUGUCGUCAAAUUUUAAUGAAUGGUACGUGUAAAAUAUUUUCACAAAGACUGCAGAAAUAGGACUGCUUGGAAUCAAAGACUUUGAAAGUCAGUCUAUAAUGCGUGGACAGAGAAAAAUACGAGGAAGCCAAAAUGGUUGGUUAAUGGCUACAGAGAGAGAGACAGAGUGAUGCAUGGACAAGGUGCACGACCAGCUACCAAGUUAAAGUUUUUUUACACAUUUUCUCCCCCUCCCCCCGGCUCUUUUUUUGAAAGAGAUAUCUCAAUGCAUGCUAUCUGCGGUUCGUGGCCUGAUUUUCUUUGUACAUAAAGAUUCACAGUUCAAACAUGUUAUAUUUUAUUUUGUAAAUAGUUAUAUCACAGUUUAAGGGCAUUUGUGAAAAUGUGAUCCCUAGAUAUAUGGAAAAUGAGAUGGUUUUAACAAUAAUAUUGCGAUGACUAGUGUUGAUUGAACAGAAUGUUGUAGUUGAUGUGUACCCAAUGUGAAUUACUCAGUAUAACUUCCGUCUCCACUAUGACGUCGACCUUACCGACUAUUAGUCUAUUUAUGUGCUUUUGUAUUUGGUGCCACAUUCCGUCUACGGUCCUGUUGGAGUAGCACAGUACUUACCAUUGCUGUUAUUUAAUGUCAUGUCGAUAAAUCGUGUAGUGAAAGCCUGAAACUCCGUGUCAAUCUGUUUAUGUACGUGAUAAAAGAUUUUAAAAAACUAUUUGUCCAUUACCUUGAUAAUGUCAAGGCAGUAUUACCUACAUGUAUAUAGCUCAAUUUUCCAUAUUUAUCCGCAUGUAAAAGGGUAACGUUAGAAAUGAUCGGGAUUUAUGGAGAAAUACGCUCUUAUGUAGAAUUUAGUCUACACAAAAUGUUUGGUUACAUUUCGUACUAUAUUAAAGCAUAAAAAAAUACAACCAACUAUUGUCUUCCAAUAUUUUUUGUUUCUCAUAGCCUACUGUCUAAAUAUGACUGGACAUCAAAAUGACUGCUUCGUGAUUACCUAUGUAUACCAUUAUCAUUAACAACACAGUUAAAUAGGGAACUAGGCAUUUAGUAAAGCAUGAUAAGCCUAUAUGAGGUAUUAUAUUGAAAUAACUAUCAUAUUAAAGUAACAGUUUUAAAUGACAUGUUCAGAGGGUCACAAAUCAAAUAGGUGGUGCACAUUUCAUAACACCUAGACUAUCAAUAAAGGGACAUGAUAUGUGGACCGUCUUAUCAGGCUAGGCUAAGCUACUGCUCUAUCACCCGCUUAUCAAAGGGCACCACCUAAAUCACAUCAUGCUAGCCUUUUUAGGCUUGCAGAAUCCAAUUCAGUAAUACGAAUUAAUGUUAAGUAAUUUGAUUAUUCCUGUCCUUGUCUCCUGUUAAUCCAUAAUUAACAUACCAGUCCUUGCCCUCGAGUAAUUCGAGAAUGUAAACGGUUAAUCGUGACGGAUAUAAUUAUCAGUCUGUGUAAACGAAAUUGUUUAUGUUUUUACUUAAUUGUUCUCGAUGUAAUUCAGUUUCCCCAAAGCUAGCUGUGUCAGAUGGAUGUCAUAGUGCCGAGGAAGUGUUGGGACUUCUGGAGUCAGUGUUGUAGUCUUUGUUCCGUGGUGUAGCCAGCCUGGUUGACCGGACCAUUAGGCAGGGUUCACGUCAACAGACAGACGCCAGUGAUCACCAGCCUGUCCUGCGUCGUUAACACUGCCAGUGCGCUAAGGCGACACAGAAUAGAAUCAUAUAAUCCCCGAUCUGUCAGUCUACAGCUGACAACAUGACACGUUGGACAGGCCGAAAAAUGACGAAACAAUUCUAACAGAAAAGACGAAGACAAAUGGCCUGCACACAAUGUUCAAUUGAUCAGUCAUCAGUAACAAUCCUCACGCAGUGUGUUUAUGUGUUUUAUUUUUUACAUAUAGUUUACAGUAAUACUACGUGCCUAAACAUUUUCUCUGAAAUAAGAUUUGAAAUAAGAUCUGUUUUUUUUUAAAUUAAAAUGAUUUGCAAUCGUACAGGAUAGAACUAAGAGUUGAAAUGUGAUCUGUUUUUAUAAAAUACGUUACCAUGGUCCAGGAUGAAAUAGAAGAAUUACUAUGUGUUUUUCCAAGUCCAUAUAAAACAUUUGAUUUAAAAUGUAAGAGUGUGUGUAUGUGCGUUCGUGUGUGUGUAAUUUAAAUGGCGGAAAUUCAUGAUAUCUGAGGUGAUUUGUUUGAAAUGUAUUCAUAUUAUUUUUGCGUGCCAGGCUAUUCAUUUAUUUUCCUGAUAAAUGAAUGGCGGUACUAAAAUGACUUUUCCGACUCUAUUUAAGACUAUCUAUUUAGAUUCUAGUGCCAAUACGUUUUCAUUCAUGCAUCAUUAGACCAGCAAUAGAAAGUGCUGUGUAUACCAUAUACCCAUAAAUAUGUUUUGCAAUAUAGAAUGACAUUGGUUUUGUUUGAAAAGACCGGUCGGUCUCGAACAAAGCUAGAAAGCUUUGAUUAUAUCGACUCUGGUCUUGAAUGUCCUUAACAUUUAUUUUGAACUAAAAUAUCACUAGGCCUCAAAUAUAACUUUAUAAUAUUAUUAGAUGUUACCAGAUCAUAUCGUUAUAUCGCACACCUGGUUUUGGAAAAAGCAACAAAUGCAUGUCGAGGCUGAAUUCAACUGCAAAGUGUCUUGAACUACGAGACAACCAUGGUCUCCUCAUGCCAAUAUCAGCGCUACACAGACAGACACUACUAAAACAUGUAUAUGCAGAGAUUCCAUUAGGUUACUCAAGUUCAAGACGAUUGUGUAUUCAACUAGUAUUAACUCUGUCCAUGCAGGGGGGGGGCUUUAGAACCACACACUGUGGGUCGUAGUGAUAGCCUAAAAAGUAACAC